AUGCGUGUCCUCAUUACCGGUGCCGCUGGCUUCAUCGGGCAACUUCUUGCCCAGAAGCUGCUGAAUGAUGAGGAAGGGCGAUACACCUUGAUUCUCACUGACGUUGUCGAGCCUCCUAUUCCGCAAAAUGUCAAAUGGCCAGAAAAGGCUCAGGCGAUCGUUGCCGAUCUCUGCAAGGACGCCAGCCUCGUGGUAGACAAGGCUCUCGAUGCCGUGUUCGUGUUCCACGGCAUCAUGUCUUCGGGUGCGGAGUUCAACUACGAACUUGGAAUGAAGGUCAACUUUGAUGCGACACGCAUUCUGCUUGAGACUUUGCGCAACAUUUGCCCUGGCGUCCGAGUGAUUUAUGCAUCCAGCCAAGCCGUCUACGGCGGCAAAGUGGUGCAGCCCGUGACCGAGGCCAUGGCCGCGACGCCCGAGACAUCGUAUGGCGCCGAGAAGAUGAUGUGCGAGUACCUCAUCAACGACUACACUCGACGAUCCUUCAUCAACGGCUUGAUUUUGCGGUUCCCCACGGUGUCAGUGCGACCUGGCAAACCGACGGCGGCCGCAUCGUCGUUUUUGUCCGGUAUCAUUCGCGAACCGAUGAAUGGUCAGGAAUGUGUUAUCCCGAUUGAAGACCGCUCGUUCCGCCACUGGUUGUGUUCUCCUCGUGUUUUGGUCAGCAACCUCGAGUAUUCGCUCACACUUCCCAAGGAUGCGCUUCCAUCUUACGACCGGACUGUCAACCAUCCUGGAAUCGGCGUCUCUGUCCAAGACAUGAUCGACUCUCUGGCCCGCGUUGGUGGCCAGGACAAGUUGAAGUAUCUGCGUGAGAAGGAAGACCCCAAAUUGAAGCCCAUCUUGUAUUCGUGGCCAGCUGAGUUUGACAACACCAGAGCCCUAUCGUUGGGUUUCAAGAGAGAUGUGUCGUUUGACGACAUUGUCAGAGACUACAAGGAAAGUCUGCCAAAGUCAGCUUGA